AUGUUCGUCUCGCUGUGGAAUGGCGGCUGGUGUCGCCUCACGCCAUCUUGCUCGAAGUUGCGCGACACUGGCAAUAAGGCCAAAAACGGCAUCAACCUCGAUGUGGCGACGCCGAACAGCGGCGCCUGGUUCACAUGGCAGUACGAUAAGUCGCAAAUGCAGGCAAUCGCAGAGGCGGGCUUCGAGUCGGUGCGCAUCUUCAUGCCCUUUUCAUCAAAGAUGGAGGAGAAGCAAAAGCAGAUCGAGGACGCGCUGGACGCCGGGCUUUCCAUUGUCGUGUGCAUGUGGGGCGAAUGGGGCUGGUCGUGGAACGUGGAACAAGGCGUCUCCGAGAUCUCCAACGGACGGCGCAAUCGCGGUGAAGGCUGGGGUGCGCUGGCCCGCGCAUGGAAGGUGUACCCUCAGACCGGCGCGCGGUACAACACCAUCGACGGCUUCUCCAAACGAUUGGUUUUCGAGGUACUCAACGAGCCCAAAGCCAUUGGCUUCCCCACGACCAGCACGGGCAACGCCAACGCGAUGCGGCUAUGCAAUGCGGCGGUGCAGGCAAUCCGCAGCGCUGACCCAGACCGCCCGAUUCUGGUCGGCAGCCCUGGGCUUAACGACGCCGAGUUCCUCGAGUACGUGACGAUACAGUUCCUCCCGUACACCUUUGGCAGUGGCGGCAGCUUCUACAACGACCCGAAUGUGGGCGUGGCGUUCCACUUUUACGAGCCGAGGCACCCAUCGAUAGUCCCCGGCCUUCCCACAGAGCAGCAGACCACCUUCGCGAUGUGGGACGGCGACCUCAUCCUCGAUGGCCCGGAAACGGAGUGGCGGGAUGGGCUCAAGGUGUGGCAGGCGCCGAUCAAGUUGCAGUUCGACUUUGUGGACGCCUGGCGCAAUCGGAGCGGCCACGGUGACAUCCCCGUCGUGACCACCGAGUGGGGCUGCUGGAUGUUUGAGAGCCGGAGCAAGGGCGGCGACCUCCGCGUGUGGCUAGACUAUACGUACGGGCUGUUCAACGAGCACGACGUUGGCCAGAUGUGGUACGUGGGAGUCAUGUCCAACCAGUACGCCUACACCAUCUUCGACUCGGAGACCGGCUGGGACGCGACCGUGCUCCCCAAGCUGACCGGCAAGCAGCCGCCGACGAGCUGGCCGCACAUCAACCAGGUGCUCAACGGAGAAUUCCUGAGCCAUUCGUCCGAUGUGACGAAGGUGCACCCGUGGGUCUCGGCUGGUGUCAGGAAGAAGGCGGUUUGGUGUGAAAUUGCCUUUGGCUCCAGCUGCGCGACGGCCGGGUACAGCGGCGACACCGUCCUCGAGCUGACGGGCAAGGGCGGCUCGCUGUCGAUCGAGACGUACGCUGCUUCCAACAGCGUGUCGGGAAACGCCAUCGAUUGGGGCAUCUACGGCCCGCCGGAUAGGACCCUGCUGCACCUCAUUCAGGGCGUCUUCUACAGCCUCCGCUUCAUCGCCGGCUCCAAAGCGGGAUCGCAAGGGGUCGUGCGUGCGCGGCUUAUGCAGGCGGGAGGCCGCACCAUGAUCCACCAGUUCGCCGCGAUCACAGUCUCGGAUCCACCCACGGCCAGCGAGUUGACCUACAUGCACGGCGCUGCCGACGCUAUGGACGUACGGCUCGAGUUCGACUUUGGAGACCUUUUCCAGGUCGUCUACCUCGACAAGUGCGGCGAGACCGGCGAGCGGUGUCGCCGAGCGGUGUCGCGCGGCCGAGGGACCGCGUGGAGGCGAGGCUAG